GCCGAUGAUCCUAUGACCUCUACCAUUUCAGAGAGGAUUGCCAAGCAGAGUAAAAGUCUCCCGGUGGCCACGGGACUGCAGAGAGAGGCAGAGGAGAGGGAGAGGGGGAGGAGGAGAGAGAGAGAGGAGGCCAGAGCUCGCAUGAACUCCCACCACGCUCUCUGGGAGGGUGGGUACCAGUACCGUCAGCAGCUGCAGCCCAACUCCACAACCUAGUCUCUCAGGCCUGACCCGAUCCCUUCAACCACA